AUGUUUUUGUUUUGUUUUCAAAAUUUACAGAAAAAGUGCAAAAAAUCAAAAUAAAAAUACAUACCUACAUGUUACUGAUCAUCUUUUGAAAGAAGUCUUAACUUACUAAAAAUAGAACUAAUUCAAAAUGGUUAAGGUUUGGAAACUAGGACUGAUGAGCUAUGAUACCGCCCAGAAAAUCCAACUGGCUAUAGCUCGAAAACACCUCGAUGGAAUGGUGAAGGGAGUACAAACCAAUUACGAUACUCUUCUACUUGUCGAACACAAGCCAGUCUAUACCGUGGGUAUUAGAGAUGAUACUCCCAAAAAUGAAAUAGUACGCCUCCAAGAACUUGGAGCAGAGUUCAGAAAAACAAACCGGGGUGGGCUGAUCACCUUCCAUGGUCCCGGCCAGCUUGUAGCGUACCCUGUCAUAAACUUGAAGCACUUCAAAACUAGUGUCAAGUGGUACGUCAAUAGUUUGGAAGAAACGGUCAUUGGGAUGUGUGGUGAUUUAGGUAUCAAAGCUAAAAGGUCACCACACACUGGCGUGUGGGUAGAUGAUAACAAAAUAGCUGCCAUCGGGAUCCAUGCCUCCAGGUAUGUCACAACACAUGGCAUAUCUCUAAACUGUGAUAAUGAUCUCAGCUGGUUUGACCACAUUGAUCCUUGUGGUAUAGAAGAUAAAGGUGUUACCUCUCUCACUAAAGAAACUGGUGUUUUAUGCUCUAUUGACAAAAUGACUCCAUUGUUUUUACGUAACUUUGAAAAAGUAUUUGAUUGUCAAUCUGAUGAACUAGAUACAAAGAUCAAAGAAGAGAUACUCAACACUGUUUAUAGCAAAUUAUUGGUAUCAAAUGCUUGAUAUGAAAAUUGUAGUUUUAAAAUUUAAAUAAUUUAUUAAUUUUUGAUCUGUGAAUUUUAAUAGUUAACUAUUUGUUACUGUUUAUUGAAAUUAGAAUGUGUUAUGAAAUAAAAACAAAAUUAAUUUGUACAA